GCUGUAAUCUGACAAAUAAACUUCAACGCACAAACAAACAAAAUUCAAAGGCAACAAACUUGUAGCCCUAAUCAGUGGAAGUUUUGAGUUUGACCCAAUUUCAAAGAAAGUUCAUGAAUGAUAUUUAAAUAUAUUAAGAUGUUUGCAAGCAGUUGGUGAUUGAGGGAAGGUCAAGGUGGGAUGCAUGCUUUUCUGUGUUAUUGUCUAUCAACCCAAUUUGUACUUAUUUCCUUCUGUCAUCAUCAUGAGUUCCUCAGGUGCUCACAAGGGUCAAAGCCUCAGCAAAAUCGCUACCAAUAGGCUUCAGAAGGAGUUAGUAGAAUGGCAAGUGAACCCACCCACUGGUUUCAAGCACAAGGCCACCGAUAAUUUACAGAGGUGGGUGAUUGAGCUGACAGGAGCCCCUGGCACAAUGUAUGCCAAUGAAACUUACCAACUCCAAGUAGAUUUUCCGGAGCAGUAUCCCAUGGAAGCUCCUCAGGUUAUUUUCCUCCAGCCAACUCCUAUGCAUCCCCACAUUUACAGCAAUGGGCACAUAUGUCUAGAUAUUUUAUAUGAUUCCUGGUCUCCAGCUAUGACCGUUGGCUCUGUAUGCAUCAGCAUUCUUUCAAUGUUAUCUAGCUCUACUGCAAAGCAAAGGCCCCCAGAUAAUGAUCGAUAUGUCAAAAAUUGUAGAAAUGGUAGAUCCCCCAAGGAGACUCGCUGGUGGUUCCACGAUGACAAGGCAUAAUCAUGACUGCUAUAAUCUUCUUUGUGGUCAUUUCGCAAGUGUUUUGGACCAAUUCAGGAGUUUUGAUUUAGAGUUAAUUCUAGACUUCAUGGCCAGCUGUUUUGUAAAGAUGUAUUUUCACUGCUAUUCCCUGAGAAUAGCUGUUAUCUGCGUCUCUUAGUUGUCUAAUGUUUGCAAACAAGCUUUCAUCAAGGAGAGGCUUUGCAAGCAGGAGACGGUUUCUUCUGGCUGUUAAAUGUUACAAUGAUAAAAUACAUUAAUAAGAAUUGUGAAUACUCAUCAUCAUAUCCAGUUUUCUGGAUGUCUGAAUGAAAUAGAAAUAUUGUUUAUCUGG